AUGCAUGGAUCCACUCCAUUGCUUUACGCAAUCGCCAAAAAUAACCAGGAUAUCAUAAAUCUUUUACUCGACGUUGAUGGAGUUGCAUACAACCAAAGAGGCCCGGGUGGGAAAACACCCUUAUUAUUGGCCGUAGGCUUGGGACAAGACUUUACUGUCAGGAAUCUUCUCGAAAGAGACGAAGUGGAGGUAGACUCGAAGGACAACGAAGGCCGAACCCCGCUAUCACAUGCGGCCAGCAACGGAGAUUUGAGUAUACUUGGUCGUCUUCUCGAGACAGGCAAAGGGGAAGCCGACUCGAGAGAUGAUGCUGGCAGAAGUCCGUUAUCAUACGCAGCCGGAAAGGGCGAUUUGGAAAUAGUCAGAUGUCUUCUUCGAACAGGAAAGGUCGAUGCAGAUUCCCGAGACAGAGACGGCCGGACACCACUAUUUUAUGCAGCCAUGGCUUCCAACAAAGAGGCCGUUCGCUACUUUCUUGAAACCAAGAGAGUCGACGUAAACACAUUGGACGUCUUUCACCAAUCGAUCUUGCUUGGAAUGUGGUCUUCCUACAGGCUCUGGGAAGGUCCGCAGUUUCGGACUGCGGAAACACAUGCAGCGUUGAUGGACACGACUGAACUGCUGAUCGAACUUGGAGGGGCUGAUCCAAAUGUGCGCGACAAUCGAGGGCGAACAUUGUUGUGGAAGGCUCUUUUCCACGGCCAUGUGGAACUGGCAGAAUACCUCGUAAAGACCGGUAGAAUUGAUGGACCGUCGAAUUUCAAGGACAUUGCCGGCCGCACUCCGAUGGAUGUUUUCGCUAACGAACUAGACAAUGAAGGGCUUGCAAUGAAGUCCGCUCUCGUGGAAAUUUGUGAUGGACUGGAAAGAUUGAGAGUGAAGAGCAACGACUGA